AUGAAAUUCAAAAAUUUACCUGUUUUUCUUCCAAAAACUGAAUUCCCUGUUCUGCCUAAAAAUUCGGAACGUUCUCGUUUAGACUCGCAUCUCACUGCUAUUGCUGAUUUUUCUGGAUUUUAUCAGUGGCAGAAGACGCGUAAAACAAAUGAACAUUUAAAGGAAUUUACUAUACUUGAUGGACCGCCGUAUGCAAACGGGAAUGUUCAUGUUGGGCAUGCAAUAAAUAAAUUGUUGAAGGAUUUUGUUCUCAAAAGUAGAGUCCAGUUGGGAUAUAAUGUUGAUCUUAAAGCUGGUUGGGAUUGUCAUGGAUUGCCAAUUGAAUUAAAGGUUUUAAAACAGGAAACGAAUAAUAAGCAAGACGCCCUUCUUUUACGUGCAAAUUGCCGUCAAAUAGCUGUGAAUUCUAUCCAAUCUCAAAUGACUUCCUUUCUUCGCUGGGGUUGUUCAGCUGAUUUUUCUGAUCCUUACAUUACAAUGAGCCCUAAUUAUGUCUCUAAACAACUGGAAAUAUUUGCUCAACUUUAUGAUCGAGGAUUGAUUUAUAGGAAAAUGGGGCCUGUUUAUUGCACGGCUGUUUUCUUUGGAUUUAGAUUAAUUAAUUUUGAUAUUGAUCAACUACAAUGGCAAAAUAAAUCAGCAAUUGCACCCACUAGUAAAAAAUCGACACAAUUAUUUUUGAUGGUUUGGACAACAACACCAUGCAAAACUGCUACUCGAAAAAUAUUUAUUGUAGCCAAAGAUUUAAUCUCUAAUAUUUCUCAACUUCUUAAAAAAGAAUUUCAAUUGGUUGGUACAAUUAAAGGCGAAGAAUUGGCGAGAGAUCGUCGAUAUUUUUAUAAAAAUGCAAUGUAUAAUGAUUUGGCUCAAGAAAUUAUUGCUGCAGAUUUUGUAACUGCAAAUAUGGGUACUGGUUUAGUACAUUUAUCUUAUGCACAUGGACAUGAUGAUUAUAAGAUUGGCUCUCAACGUGAUGUUAUUGAAUGUUUUGUUGAUGAAAGGGGGAGAUAUACUCGUCAUAUGGGCUAUGAUUUUGAAGGCAAGGAAGUGUUAGGGGAAGGGACACGAGCUGCUUUAAAUAAAUUAAAGAAAGACGUUCUGUUUGAAUAUGAAUAUACCCAUUCUUAUCCUUAUGAUUGGCGUUAUAAUAAACCAGUUAUUAUUCGAAGUUGCCCUCAAUGGUUUAUUGAUGUAUCUUCAUUAAAUAAACGAUGUGAAGAAGCAAUUUAUUCUUAUCCUGGAAUUAAUGUUUCUGCUGGAAAUGUUGAUCUUAGAGCUGCAUUCUCUACAUUUUUUACUCGUCGAAAUGAAUGGUGUAUUUCUCGACAACGUGCUUGGGGUGUUCCUAUUCCAGCAAUUACUCGACAAGAAAUGAUUGGAGAUGUUGAGGAAGUAAAAACAAGCGGGGAAUUUAUUCGGUCAUAUGCUCAAUUAGUUAAAAGUAAAGCAAAUACGGAUUUGUGGUGGACUUUAACACUCGAAGAACUUUCUAGAUUGAAGGGGUUUCCUUUUUCCUCCCUCAAAAAUUUGGAAAAAAGAACAGAAGUAAUGGAUGUAUGGAUGGAUAGUGGACUUACUUGGCAUACUUUAACGCCUAGAAAAAUUGCUGAUGUAAAUUCUGCCCCUUUUAAACAAAUUCUCAUUCAUGGAAUGGCUGUUGAUGAUAAAGGAUCUAAAAUGUCAAAAUCUAAAGGAAAUGUAGUUUUGCCUGAAGCUAUUACUGAUGGCACAUUAGCUAGUGAUCCAGUAGGUGCGGACGGUCUUCGUUAUUGGGCUGCCUGGAUGGGAGCUGAUAAUGCUGGCGAAAUUCGAAUUGGUCCGAGCAUGGUUAGGGAUCUACAGAGUCGAUUAAAAGGAAUUAGGCUGAUUUUACGUUUUGUACUCGGAACUAUGGAAACUGCCGAGAAAUUAAAUUUGAAUUAUAAUGGAUUUGGAGGAAAUAUCAAAAAUGAAAAUAUGGAUAUACCUCAACUACAAACUUUGGAUCGGUAUAUUCUGGCUCGUUUAAAUGAUUUUUCAAAGUUGAUUCGUUCUCGUUAUAAUGAUUACAGAUUUGGGAAAUUAAUGGAAGAAUAUUUCCAAUUUACACAAAAAGAUGCCUCUUCCUAUAUUACAUCUGUUCGUGACCGUCUUUAUUGUGAACCAAUUAAUUCAGCAUCACAUCAAUCAGUUCUUUUUACAUUAAACAAAUUGGGCUACACACUUGUCCAAUUAAUAGCUCCAAUUUUGCCACAUUUGGCUGCCGAAUUUUUUACAUAUCAUCCACAAUUUAAUAAUAACGUUGCCUCGGCAUUCCGAGGAGUUUUUGACGUUGAAGAAGAUGAAAGCCAAUUAAAUAAAGCAAUAGGUGAUAAAGAAGAUCUUUACAUAUUAAUGAGGAUUGUUCAAGAGUUACGGAAUGAAGCUGUUGAUUUAAUCAAUAAUGGAGAACAUCCAAAAUUAAAAACACGUCGAAUAAAGGAAGUUUCCAUUCGGCAUUUUGGUUUAUUAAUUAGUGGAAAUGCAGAACAAUUAGCCCCAUUACAAAAAGUAUUUAAAGAAGGAGAAUUAUAUUCAGAAAUUGUUGAACUUUUUGGUUCUUCUUUUGUUCGUUUAUCAGAAAAUAAUUCAUUAAAUUUAAAUAUUCAAUUACUUGAUCCAUUUGUUGAAGGCUUAGAUUGGUGUGGACGUUGUAGAAAAAUAAAUAAUCAAAUUGAAAGAGAAGAAGAAAAAAAUUUGGAAAGAAUUUUACAAAAUAAAAAAGAAGAAGAAAAAGAGAAUGCAACAUUUAAAUUAAAUUUGAAUUGUUCUCCACAAUUAUGUGAGAAAUGUGAAUAUGCAAACCAUAUAAUGCUUGCUAGACAGGAAGAAGAGAACAAAAUAGAAGAAAAGGAACAGACGGUGCCAAUUUCAAAAGAAUGCCGCCAACACAAACAUCUUUAG